ACAGUUCUCUCCUGCUCACUCACUCCCUUGGCCUUCUCCAGUCCUCUGUCCUCGAUCGAUCGGCUUGUUUACUUCCUUAGCUUGGAGAUCCAUUUCCAUGGACCCUCACCUCAGCUCCCACGUUCACGCGGCAGCUGCGGCGGCCUCGGCUUUCCCCGAUGGUAAGAAGUUGGAGAGUGACGUGCUGCCUCCAGGGGUCGUGACCCUCGACGUCGAGGCGGGUGCGCCGACGAACGCGGCCGGGGCCGAUCCGCGCGACGGCGACGACGGGGACGCCGGCUUCGACUACAUGGCCCGCGCGCAGUGGCUCCGCGCGGCCGUCCUCGGCGCGAACGACGGCCUCGUCUCCGUGGCCUCCCUCAUGAUCGGCAUCGGCGCCGUGAACGCGACGCGCAAGGCCAUGCUGGUCUCCGGCAUGGCGGGGCUCGUGGCCGGCGCCUGCAGCAUGGCCAUCGGCGAGUUCGUCUCCGUGUACGCGCAGUACGACAUCGAGGUCUCGCAGAUCAAGCGCGACGGCGAGGAAGCCGCCAGGGACAGCCUGCCGAGCCCGACGCAGGCCGCGAUCGCGUCGGCGCUGGCGUUCGCGUUUGGCGCCCUCCUGCCGCUGCUGGCGGGGGUGUUCGUACCGUCGUGGGCCGCCAGGGUGGCCGCGGUGUGCGCCGCGACCAGCGUCGGCCUGGCCGGGUUCGGCGUGGCGGGCGCGUACCUGGGCGGCGCCAACAUGCUGAGGUCCGGCCUGAGGGUGCUCCUGGGCGGCUGGUUCGCCAUGCUCGUCACGUUCGGUGUGCUCCGGCUGUUCGGGACGGUCUUCCACAUACAAGUCUCGUCGGCGUGAUAGCUCUCGGAGUCUCGGGCUAUGGUGGCAAAUGAAAUAACGAUCCAGGGCCCAGGGGCCUAGCUAUAGCUCUUGACAUCGGAAUGUGAAAUUAAAACCUGCAUGUCUUGAGUAAAAAACUAGCGGUCGCCUGGAUAGCGAAAUAGAGGCAUGGGUGUGGGUGUGUCCGUGUGGCAGUGGAUGUACUGCUUUAUUGUAAUGUUAUCUUGUGCUACUGGUAUCUGCUGACGAGAAAAUCGAACACAGAUUGUAUAAUUGUAUU